CGAGUCCAGAAAACAACUUCCCUCGCGAAGGAGUAAAAGCAAAUUGCGUCUUGGAAGAUACAUUGCAGCAAGCAUUUGUGCUUGCGUUACCACUUAUUCCACUGUUUCCUUCGGAUUCCAAAGCGAACGUCGACGAUAUUGGAUUCUGCCCGCACGCCCUGCCCUCUGUGUAAAUUAUGCGUUCGCUAGUUCCGUGUUGAGUUUACGGCUCAUCAUUCGUACUGAUGCUGCUCCCUCGGUUAUCCAGAUGUCUAUGGUCUGUUCGCGCUUCUCCAGUCUUCGUUCUUUUUAUCCUUCUGACUUUGUGGACUUUUGUAUUCCGCGCUGUGCUUCCUUUGGUGGGAGACAUCGAUACAGUCAUUCCAGGCACUACCGAUCGUAUAAAUUCCAGAACACCAGCACAAAGAAACGCAACAUUGGUACUCAAACUACCAACACCAAUUAUUGUCGUUGGAUAUCCGAAAAGUGGAACUACCUCCGUGUGGGAUUUCUUCUCGUGUUCUGGAUUACGAACUCAGCACUAUUGUUGCUGUGGUGACACCCACGACCAUCCACCUUGCUCAUCCAAUUCGAUGGCCCAUUGCAUACUGAAAAACAUUGCAGCAAGGAAGGAGAAUGUUUUGGAAGGGUGCGGCGACUAUGACGUGUACGCUCAAAUAGAUGGGGAGAGACCAACUUUUGACCGCGGCGACAAAAUACGAGGCUUGCUACUAGAAAAUGGGACUAUCGACGAAUGGGACCAGCGUACUGUUGAAGGACGCAACGAGCUUUUCAAACAUUUUUUGCCGCAGCACUUUCAUCUGCCGAUCUUGCACCGAUCUGCACCGAAUGCUACCUACAUACUACCACUGCGGGAUCCUAUUGUCUGGGCCAACUCUGUGUUUGACUGGUUUCAUAUGAGAGGUAGAGUGGUCAAUGAAUAUCGAUUAUUCAAUUCUUCACUAGAGCGACCGGGAAAGAACGGGGCCAGAGCCUUUUUAGCUCGAAUCUACAUUGAGCACACGGACUCCAUCAAACGAUUUGUGCAACUCCAUCCGUCGCACGCCCUCGUGGAGUUUAACAUUACUGAUCCCAAUGCUGGGCAAAUCUUGGCAGAUGCGUUCGGUUUAGGAGAAGGAUGUUGGAGACACCGCAAUAAAGUUGGGGAAAGAGCGAACAGGCUAAAGUCGAGGUCAAUCUCGAAUUGGUUGUAGUUGACUUGUGGCGAUGGAUGUCAGGCUUCGAUUCGAUUGGACGUGAGGUACCAAGUUUUCGUUUCGAUAAAUGCGUGCAUUCGAUAAAGGUUCUCACGGCUACUUGCCUGGUCAUCUAUCAUCGCGAGUAGUUUCGAUUGUGUCUUCAACUUCCUUUGUUGCGAUUCCGGAUCACGUGUCAUGGUCAUUCGCAUUUACUUUGUCCAAUGAAAAGAGAAACUUUGAAUUUUGCGACAUAAUGAUGCGUAUAGAUAUAUUUAUGUCCAACGGAUUUCAAUUCCAGCUGAUAAAGUUACUUAGGGAAUCAUUGGGAAUGAGCGACCCAAUAGCAUG